CACACGCAGCUAGUCGGGCCUAAGAAGUAGCUGCUAACUCAGCAGAGUGCUGAGGGCUCAGGUUAGAUUAUUGGGACAGUGCUCUGGGUAGAAUGGUUUGAAUUGAAAGGGAGGACCAAUGGGCUAUUGAGCGCUUGUCUCUUUCAUCUGCCUCUAAAAGAAGAGUUGACACAGCUGGGCAAGUUGCUAUAGCAGUGUGGACUAUACAGCAGGAGUCUAUUUUGGUCCUGCUGUCAGAUGACGAUGUCACCUUGGACAAGCGGCAGUGCUGGUUAGGGUGAACAGGUCGUUGUGAAGUGGGCUUCUAAGUAUGUCAGAGGUGGAUAAAGACGAGGAACCUGCUUACAGACUGUACUUCUAUUCUGCCUCGUUUCAUCGCUCUAACAGCCAGGACAAAGUGAGAAAGAUAGUAGCUGAAGAGGGCCGUGCUGCUCGAAACCUCAUUGCCUGGAGUGUCCCACUUGAGAACAAAGAGGAGGAAGCAAAGUCCAAAGGCAACCCGAGUGGCAGUUCCAAGCCUCAGAGGAACAAUUCUGGGCAGCAAAAGAAUAGAAAACAGCAUGCUGGUGUGGAAAGUAAAGGCGCGGCUGCGUCCUUAUUGGACAAGGGGCCGGAGAAGAGCCCCACUAAAGUUAGACAGCCCCGCAAAGUAGACCUACGAGCACGCUACUGGGCCUUUCUCUUUGAAAACCUACGCCGGGCUGUGGACGAGAUUUACGUCACAUGUGAAUCUGAUCAGAGUGUAUUGGAAUGCAAGGAAGUGUUGAUGAUGUUGGACAAUUAUGUUCGGGACUUCAAAGCUCUCAUAGACUGGAUUCAGCUUCAGGAAAAGUUGGAAAAAACAGAUGCUCAGAACAGACCAACGUCUUUAGCCUGGGAGGUACGGAAGAUGUCUCCGGGACGACAUGUAAUGCCAAGUCCAACAGCAGACAGGAUGGUACCUUGUCCACGUCGCAACCUCAACUUUGGUGGUCCUCCAUCAACACUGGCUGCAGCUCGGCUCUCCCACACAGGCCCCAGCUGGGCAGACAGAGUAAAGUGCACUCAGUCUGCCCAUAGUUCCAGUCAAGCGACCACAUCACCAGCAGAAAAACCUGGUAAAAAAGAUUCAGAGGGGUGGGAGACAGUGCAGCGAGGACGCACUGCCAAACCUCGCUCAGCUGCCAUAGUUGCCAAGGUCAGUCCUGUCUUGGCUCAUGUGACCCCUAAACAGGACAGCGCCAAGUAUAACAGGUCACAUCUGCCGCCGCAAGACAAGCAGAAGGAGCAGCAGCUUUGUCCUGAGUGUCCCCUGGACAAGGGCAUGACCCAGACUAACACUGAACAGCAAGUCCCUGCAGAUCCUGCCCCCCAGCAGGAGGUUGAACAUCUAGAAAAUGGACACAUAAUGGAGCCUCCAGCAGAGAGUGUACAAGACUCAGAGCAGUGUGUCGACACAACCUGUGAAGAUGCGCCUCCCCCCAUAGCAUCUCUUCCCCCAUCCCAAGCUCCAGAGCGCACCCCACCCACAGCCACAGUCCCACCAACAGACAUUACCAUAUUACUCCCAGUCCCAACUCCAGGCAUUGGAACAUCCAUAGACCUACCCCAGACGGAUGGGUUCAGUGCUCUGUUGGCCUUUGGGGACACUGGGGCUGAGGGGGGCGCGUCACAGUGCAUGGCUACAUCUGCUCCAGGACAGGCUGAGACUCCCAUGGCAGCGGUGAAACUGGAGAGUGUGCUGGACCCCACAGAGCUUUCUACUCCCCAGUCAAUGGCAGAGGUCCUGGCUAAGAAAGAGGAGCUGGCAGACCGGCUGGAGAAGGCCAAUGAAGAGGCGAUUGCCAGCGCCAUUGCUGAGGAGGAGCAGCUGACCAGAGAGAUUCAGGCAGAGAACAAUGACCUGGAGACUGACAAUGAAAGUGACUUCUCUGCUAGCAUCGGCGGUGGAGGCUGUGGAGUCGGUAUGGACUGGAAUGACAUGCUGGCAGAUUUUGAUGCUCGGGAGCCUUGGCGACAGAGUACCUCCUGGGGCGACAUGGUAGAGGAAGAACCUUCUCGGCCUCCUGGACACGGAAUCCAUAUGCAUGAGAAAUUAUCUUCACCAUCCCGUAAAAGAACUAUCGCAGAGUCGAAGAAGAAACAUGAGGAGAAACAGCUGAAAGCGCAACAGCUGAGGGCCAAACUCCGUGAGGAAAAGACGCUCAAACUGCAGAAGCUCAUGGAGAGGGAGAACGAUGUGCGGAAAUGGAAAGAAGAGUUGUUGGAGCAGCGUCGGAGGAUGAUGGAGGAAAAGCUGCUGCAUGCAGAGUUUAAGAGAGAACUGCAGCUCCAAGCGAUUGUGAAGAAGGCCCAAGAAGAAGAGGCCAAGGUGAAUGAAAUUGCUUUCAUUAACACUCUGGAAGCCCAAAAUAAGAGGCAUGAUGCCCUGGCAAAGUUAAGUGAAUAUGAGCAACGCCUCAAUGAGCUGCAGGAAGAGAGGCAGAGGAGACAGGAAGAGAAGCAGGCUAGAGAUGAAGCUGUUCAGGAACGUAAGCGGGUCCUGGAAGCAGAGCGGCAGGCAAGAGUGGAAGAGCUGCUGAUGCGAAGAAAAGAGCAGGAGGCUCGUAUCGAGCAGCAGCGACAGGAAAAGGAGAAGGCUAGAGAGGAUGCAGCACGGGAAAGGGCUAGAGACCGAGAGGAGCGUUUGGCUGCUCUUAGUGCUGCCCAACAGGAGGCCAUGGAGGAGCUGCAGAAGAAAAUUCAAAUGAAGCACGACGAGAGCAGCCGUAGGCAUAUGGAGCAAAUCGAGCAGAGGAAAGAGAAGGCGGCUGAGCUCAGCAGUGGUCGACAUGCUAAUACGGACUACGCCCCCAAAAUGACGCCUUAUGAACGCAAGAAACACUGUUCGUUGUGUGGAGUAGUGAUCACCUCAGAAGUGCACCUGUUCAGCCACACCAAGGGCAAGAGUCACCAACAGGCUGUGCGAGACAGUAGCAGCAUCCAGGGACGGGAGCUCUCCGAUGAGGAGGUGGAGCAUCUUUCCCUAAAGAAAUACAUUGUGGAUAUUUUGACGGACGGCUCCGUUUCAUCCGAGAGUGUGAAGGAUGGCGAGGAGCGCCAGAAAGCCAGGAAAAAGGCAAAGAAGCUAAGAGCGAGGAUGAACUCCAGGGCAAAGGAAUAUGAGCCAUUAAUAGAAGCAAAGACUCCGGUUCCUGAAUCCCCAUACAAGGCAAAGCUGCAGCGUUUGGUGAAAGACCUGCUGAAGCAGCUGCAGGGCCAAGACAGCGGGCAGUGGGCCAACAACAAAGUGUCUGGUCUGGACAGAACUCUGGGAGAGAUAUCCCGCAUCUUAGAAAAACAGAACAAUGCAGACCAAGUGGCCUUCCAAGUGAGCGGCGGCUUGUCUGCUUUGGAACAAAUUUUGCAGGUCAUCACUGCUGUUUCCACACCUGCUGCAGUGCCCCGUAUACCUCUCAAAUCACUCUGUGCUGCUGUGAAUAGCUACUACCUGGCAUGCUGUUUUUCCAACUGCAUCUAUGUGCUGUUUAGCAACAAGAUAGUCCUCCUCAUGGACCUGCUGCUGCACCAGCUCACACUGUACGUCCCAGAUGAAGACAAGUCAAUAUUUGGGCGCAGUGUGAAUAAACAAAUCUUCGAGGGUUUGACCACAGGGCUGCUUCAAACUAUCGCUACUAUCUUGGAGUCCCUGUGGCCAGAGGCUGAGCAAGGUGAAAACGCAAGGAUUUCCUCUCCAGAUGCCAAGGUCAAGAGCUCUGCCACAGAGUCCUUCAACACUCGCGCACAAGAUCUAAUCAGCUACAUGGUAAACAUGGGUUUGAUUGACAAGCUGUAUGGAUGCUUCUUGUCGGUCCAAGGUCCCGUAGACGAGCACCCCAAGAUGUCUGCGUUCCUCCAGCAAGCCACAGCCUUGCUAAACAGCAUGUGUAGGCUGUGCUUUGUCAUAACUGCACGAGCUCCCAGCAUAUUUGACAAUAAACGCCAGGACCCAACUGGACUGACGGCCCUUCUGCAGUCCACCGACCUGGUGGGAGUGGUGCACACCCUGUACUGUAUCUUGCUGCAUAGUUUCUUACCGGAGUCGUCCUCCCAGAGUCAGGAGCCCUACAGCCCUGGGGUCAUCCAGGUGGCUCUGCAGGGAAUCUGCUUCCUCAACAGUUUUGCCCUUCUCGACCUAUCUGCCUUCCAGUCUGUCUUAGGAGCCGAGGGCCUGUCUCUGGCUUUCCGACACAUUGUCAGCUCCCUGCUCUGGUACUGUACCCAGCAUUCUUCUGAAGAGCUGCUGCAUCAGGUCAUCAUCUGUGUCGGAUACUUUACUGUAAACCACCCCGACAACCAGGUGAUAGUGCAGUCCGGCCGCCAGCCCAGCGUCCUGCAGAAACUCUGUCAGCUGCCCUUCCAGUACUUCAGCCACCCACGCCUCAUCAGGGUGCUCUUUCCAUCGCUCAUCUCGGCGUGCUACAACAACCCUCAGAAUAAAGCCAUCCUGCAGCAGGAGAUGAGCUCUGUGCUGUUGGCCACGUUCAUUCAGGACUGCGCUGCAAGCGAGAAAGAUUCAGACACUAAGACGAGUCCAACUGCUAACAAGUUGCUGCUGGAUUCCUGUGAAUUGUCCAACCGCUUUCCUCGAGAUCAGUUGGACUCAGCCUUGCAGUUUUUUCUCAAGAAGACAGAAGACUGACUGACUGACUUGCACACUAUCUACACACUAUUUAAAAUGAGAAAGCACAGUUUAACCAUUGAGAAGACACCGUGACAUGUAAUGGUAUUUUCUUUUCUUUUUUUUCUCCCUUUUGGAAUUUUUUGUUUUCUUUUCUUCUAUUUGUGACUUGCAUCACGUUUGCAAAGACGUUCUGCAGAUUUUGACAAAAUUCAAGGGCCUUAGUUUAUAUCUGUCUUGGUUUCUUUGUUCUUUUGAUGGUUAAAAAGAAUUUGCACAAAAUGUUGUAUAUGUUUAUUACUGUUUAGAAACCCACGCACAGCUACUCCAUUUACUGUCUGAAUAAGCCAUUUGCAGCCAUUUAUUCCUGCUGUAUUGUUUAUAAAAGAAAAUGUUAAAAUCUUAAGGCAACAAUCUAGAAAUUCACUUAUACUGUAAUAUUUGCCAAACAUUUCCAUCAGUACUGUUUAUCUUGUUUGAUGUUUAGUUAUUUCAAUGUAAAUGACUGAAUCAGAUGUUUAGUCUUUGUCACACCGGCUACAAAUUUAAUUGCAAGCCUGUUGAGGGUUUUUUUCCCGAGUUGGUAUCUAUGUCUUUCCAGUCUCUUGUUCGGGCAAUUUAAUUAAUGAAAAUAAUUUAUUGAGUUAUUUACUUUCAUAAUAUUAAAUUAAAUAUUGAUGUGUUGUAGUUCCUGAGGUUUUCUCUGUUCCUCGUUUUUAGGAGCGUAUAUCCUCAUUUGUUAUGGUUAGUUCAGCAGUGGUAUGUGUCAUAGUGAUGUUACUUGUCAGUGGUCUCACUGAUGAACAACUGUAAUUUCAAAGAAAUAUAACAAUAAAAAAUUGACUCCUGAUGUCAUUUUGAAGUUUUA